AACUGGAGAAUUCGUUAGCGUUAUGUUUUAAUAUCAUCAUCAUCAGGAAAAAUCCGUAAGAAAACGACGCCGUUUUAAGGAGAUGGAUAAACAACCGGCGAGCAGCUGGAGUAUCCAUACCCGGCCGGAGAUAAUCGCCAAGUACGAGAUCUUCGAGCGAGUCGGAUCCGGUGCUUACGCCGAUGUUUACAGAGCUCGCCGUCUCUCCGACGGACUCAUCGUGGCGCUCAAGGAGAUUUUCGAUUACCAGUCUGCGUUUCGAGAAAUUGACGCGCUCACCAUCCUCAAUGGACAUCCUAACGUCGUUGUUAUGCACGAAUACUUCUGGCGUGAGGACGAGAACGCUGUGCUUGUACUCGAGUUUCUUAGGUCAGAUCUCGCUGCGGUGAUCCGUGAUGCUAAGAGGAAGAAGAAGGUAGAAGGAGGAGAUGGAUUCUCUGUUGGGGAGAUUAAGAGAUGGAUGAUUCAGAUUUUAACCGGUGUUGAUGCUUGUCAUAGGAAUUUGAUUGUACAUAGAGAUUUAAAGCCUGGGAAUAUGUUGAUUUCUGAUGAUGGAGUGCUUAAGCUUGCUGAUUUUGGUCAGGCUAGGAUACUCAUGGAGCCGGAUAUUGUAGCUUCAGAUGAAAACCAACAGGUUUAUAAACUGGAAGAAAAUGAUGGAGAAAGCAGCACAGAACCACCAGAAGUUAUUCCUGAUUAUGAGAACUCACCUCGGCAAGGGUCUGAUGGUCAGGAACAGGUAGCGAUGAGUAAAGACGAAUACUUCCGACAGGUGGAAGAGCUCAAGGCUAAACAGGUUGUUAGAGAUGAUACUGAUAAGGACUCGAAUGUGCAUGAUGGAGAUAUAUCUUGUCUUGCAACGUGCACUGUUAGUGAAAUGGAUGAUGAUCUUGGUAGGAACUCUUUUUCUUAUGAUGCUGAUGAAGCAGUGGAGGAUACACAAGGUUUGAUGACAUCUUGUGUGGGAACCCGAUGGUUUAGGCCACCAGAACUGCUCUAUGGAUCUACGAUGUAUGGGUUAGAGGUUGAUCUGUGGUCGCUUGGUUGUGUGUUUGCAGAACUCUUGUCUCUUGAGCCUUUGUUCCCAGGAAUUUCAGAUAUUGAUCAGAUCAGCAGAGUGACCAAUGUGCUGGGAAAUUUAAAUGAAGAGGUCUGGCCUGGUUGUGUCGAUCUUCCAGACUACAAAUCUAUCUCAUUUGCUAAAGUAGAAUCUCCUCUUGGUAUAGAAGGUUGUCUUCCCAACCAUUCAGGGGAUGUGAUAUCGCUGCUCAAGAAGCUUAUCUGUUAUGAUCCAGCUAGUAGAGCUACUGCUAUGGAGAUGCUGAAUGACAAAUAUUUCAUCGAAGAGCCUCUUCCAGUUCCAGUUUCAGAGCUCUAUGUGCCUCCGACAAGGAAUUGGCCAGAUGAGGAUUCUCCACGAAUGUGGAAUGAUUACAGAACAAUGGAUUCAGAUUCUGAUUUUGACGGCUUUGGACCCAUGAAUGUAAAGCCUACCAGUAGUGGAUUUACAAUAGAAUUCCCCUGACCCUGGUAUUUAAGAUCGGUUACAUUGGCGGGGUAUAUGGUUGAGCAUCUUGAUCCUUCCAACUUUCCCUGAAUUCGCCUACUUUGUCAAAAUUGUGUUGUGUGUUGUUCCUCGCUCUCUCUCCCUUUCUCGUAUAGAAAAUGGUAACAUUUACAAUCGGAAGUUCGUGUUAGCCUUUAGCUAUAGCUAAAGAGCUAGUUUUUUGUUGCCCAGGCCAAGCUUUACCCUAUUUUUCAUCUGAAAUAACAAUGAAAAAGAAUAAAAAUCUAUAUUUACUCGAGUUUUGCAUCCUAGGAUUCUGUAUUGCUUCACAGUUUCUAUAAUUGAUCUUGUAUUUAUCUGCUUAUUGUCGUCAGUGGUGAAUGAGAGCAACCCUUCAAUAA